CGCACUACAUCCCACGAAGGUCCGGGUGUGUGGAGCUGUAUAAAGUGGCGGCAACCCUUGCACAGCACAUUCCCGCCAUUUCCAAGCAGGAAGUGACAGUCGAGCUUGAAGCUUAACCCUGGUGUUAGGAAAAGUUUCAAGCAACACAGAAACAAUGCAGCGUGUGUUUGGAGUGAUGAUGCUCACUGCCCAGUUGUUGACCCUGGGACGCACUCAAGACCCCUGCACUGGUUUUAACACGCUGGGUGAUAUUGACAAACGAGACAGCAACUACCAGGUAGCCACGGGCGAGUCCCGCAUCAGUGACCGGGAUCUGACCGAGGGCUGGUAUGACGUGGGUGGGCGAGUUCUCCUGGAUUCAGCGCCUGGCUUCCAACACUGCGGAACCCUCUACCCCAUCUGGCGAAAAGAAAAGAAUGGCGACACCUCCGUGAUGUGCUUGCAGGAUGCCGGCGACACGUGUUACAAGCUGUUCAACAUUAACACAAAGAUGUGUGGUACAACCGAGCUUUACCACCUGCUGAGGACUCCGGAUUAUUCCAGCGCCUAUUGUUUUGCUUACAAGAAAGGGGACGCGCCUCCAGAUUUCGUCGAGAAACCAACUGUUGCCGUCAAACUUAUUAACAAGAACCCUUUUAAAAACGAGCUUGAGUUUAGCUGCGAGUUCAACAAACACCCCGACGACAUCUUCUACAGCACCUACUGGGUCGUCGACGGGAAAAAUAUCGAUAAUGAGAGCCCCAGCAAGUGGGAAGGUGGACAAAUCAUCAAGAAACAGGUUCUGACAGAAGAAAAACUGAAGAAAGCGGGAAUAACUAAAGUUGGAUUUGAGGUCCGUUGUUCAGUCAGAGCCAGUACGGGUGUUGAUAAGCCAUCAAGCACGCCACACUUGUCGGAUCCUAAAUUCAUCGGUAUUAAGAUGACCCCUGAAACACUGGUGUUGUCGGAGGGCGAGAAAGCGGACAUUACUCUACAACUGACCGCUCCCUUCGGGUGUGGACAACUCCUCGACUGUGAUCUCCAAAUAGAAGGAAGCCAAAUAGUUCCAAAGACGUGCGACACUUGCGGUGCCAGGUUAGUGAGUACUUCCGAUUGUGGAGCAAUGAUAUCCUCGAAGACGUGGAACAAGCCAAUAUCGAUUGCAGUUUACGGGCAGAUCUCCCAAACAUAUGGGGAAACUACCCAGGUUCAGAAACUAAAGUUAAAAACAAGAUCGUUGCGAAGCCAUCUGUUAUGGGAUGAAUACGACGCCGGAUUCAUCAGGGUGCAGCUUACUAAGAACACAAAAAUAAUAGAAAAGAAAUCCUGCCAUGCGGUCAACGACCCCCACAUGAAGACAUUUGACGGAAGUACAUAUGAACUCCAAUAUCAAGGCGUGUUCACGCUGUACCAGCACAAAAGCCUUCCUGUGGAGGUUCAGCUACAGACAGCUGUUUGUUCACCGGGCAGCACAGCAUUUUGUAAUUGUGGCGUUGCAGUGCGAGCAGGCAAAACGGUCUUCGAGUUCAACAGGUGCAAUGGUCAGUCAACGAUCUGGACACUGGAGUACACGCUGUGUGGGGACGGCGGAGAUGUUCUUCAGGUCAAGAGAAAGGGUCCCGAAUACAAGGUCAUCCUGCCCACUGGAGGAAGCGUGUCGGUGGCGAUUAAAGGUAACUUCCUCAACGUGUACGUGUACCCAUCAGUGCAAGACGUUCAGAAGAGCAGCGGCCUGUGUGGUCUACUCUCCUCAACCACUGGUGACGACUUCGUCAAGAGGGACGGCACCACCAUCACAAACCAUAGGGCAUUCUCCGAUUCAUGGAGGGUUGGCGCCGGCAACAACCUGUUUAAUCACGACACACAUGACAGUUUAACGUCCUGGCCGAAGACAUUCAGCUUCUGCUCAUGCCGCCCCAAGGGAAAAGCAGGCAACCAAAUACAGUGCACAGCCUCCCAGGCUCACGAGGACAUCAAAAUAAUGCCUGGCUUCACUGAUGUCCCACCCUCCAAGUGCAGGAUUACAGAAAGACGGAAGAGAAGGUCUGUGCUGAGCUUGCCGGGUGCUUCACCAUCACGGGGUCGCAGGCAAGUUGAAGAGCAGUGGCGAGGGGGGUGGACAGAGGACAAAGCCAGAGCUUAUUGUGAAGAUAUGUUCCACAAGUCCCGGUCCAUGCAGGCGUGCGACAACGUGCCCGAAAUGUACACCAACGACAGCCUGGCCAACUGCGUGAUGGACAUUCAGCUGACGGGCACCACCGACUUUUUCCAAUCAGCCGUGGACACUGUGACAGACCAGUGUAUCCACGAGGUUGUGGUAAACCCGCUACUCUGGGAGAAGACCCAGCAGGACGACGGGAUGAAGUCCAUCUACGAUAUGGUGAUGGCCGAGGCGUGUCCUAGCGACUGCAGUGGGAACGGCAACUGCGUACAAGGCAACUGCGAUUGCGAAACCAACUACUGUGGCACAGACUGUUCCGUGGACCUGACAAUUCCGCCGAGGUUAAUGGAUCUUGACAAUGGUGGCACAUGCGAUAUGUCACGUGGUGUGUGUAACGUCACAUCAUUGGAUGGAGAAACAUUUGUGGACGGCGUAUCAACCUGCUCAGUUGAAGAAUUAAGGGUGAGGCAAUCUAGUCAAAACAGUGUUGCCACGACAAAGUCAACAGCCACAGUAGAAAGUAUUUCACGUGCCAAGUGCAAUAUUGUUUAUCACGACGAAACCGGAAGUGACGACGAGGAAUAUGUCCGCGCCUUCCGGAUCUCAGUUGGCAACAGUGCCGACAACUACAGUAACAGCGUUGGUCUCAUGGUCUACGACGGCUCGUGUGUGAGGGCGAGUGUCGAGGGAGAUGACUUUAAGUGGGAUGUUGAGGGCUCGUACUGCGUCUUCAGAGGCACGUGCAUACCGCACGGAGCUGGACAGCCGGGGAACCCCCGCAAGGUGUGCCAGGUGUCCGACAACAAACGGGAGUGGACAAACACUUCAGGCUGCAGCGAAACGAUCAUCUCACUGGCUGUCCUGGUGUUCUGCCUGGUCAUCGGGAUGCAAUAAUGGACGAUCUGAAACAGGCGUGAAGCUGACACACAAAAAUAUUUCGACAAUAAGCGAUUAUUUCUAGAUUCUCAUAAAAUAAUUUGAAUUAUAUAUUGAACAUUGAUGUAUGCUUUGAGUCAUUCUUACACGUAGGUGUUUGUUGUGUUUAGGAAACAGUCGUUUAUUCUACAAAACAACUAGGUCACAUUGCAAAAGGUCGAAGGUCAUCAGUUAUAAGGUCAAGGGAGAUAAUCGUUAUUUAGGAAGAUCCAUAUCUGUCACAAUACGCUGACGUGACCUUUGUCCAUAAGCUUUUAACUUUUUAGCUAAUUUCUAAAUACAAGCUAUCGUUGAUUGCAUGUCCUAUUUGGUAUUGUCUAUUCCUUCUCAUAUAUAUGUGCUCGUGAUGGCAUGUCAAUGUGUACUCGUGUCAAUGUAUACUAUCAUGUCAAUGUUUACUUGUCAUGUCAAUGUUUUUAUCAUGUCAAUGUUUACUUGUCAUGUCAAUGUUUUUAUCAUGUCAAUGUUUACUUGUAAUAUUGUUGUUUACUUAUGUCGAUGUCUGUUUGAAACAUUGGUGUGUACUUGUCAUGUCGAUUUUUACUUGUAAUAUUGAUGUUUUCGUCAUGACAAUGUUACUUAUCAUGUCAAUGUUACUUGUCAUGUCAAUGAUACUUGUCAUGUCAAUGUUUAAAUGUCAUAUCGAUGUUUUUGUCAUGUCAAUGUUACUUGUCAUGUCGAUACUUACUUGUCAUGGCGAUGUUUUUGUCAUGGCGAUGUUUACUUGUCAUGUUGAUGUUACUUGCCAUAUCGAUGUUUACUUGUCAUGUCGAUACUUACUUGUCAUAUCGAUGUUUACUUGUCAUGUUGAUACUUACUUGUCAUGUCGAUGUUACUUGUCAUAUCGAUGUUUACUUGUCAUGUCGAUGUUACUUGUCAUAUCGAUGUUUACUUGUCAUGUCGAUGUUACUUGUCAUAUCGAUGUUUACUUGUCAUGUCGAUGUUACUUGUCAUAUCGAUGUUUACUUGUCAUGUCGAUGUUACUUGUCAUAUCGAUGUUUACUUGUCAUGUCGAUGUUACUUGUCAUAUCGAUGUUUACUUGUCAUGUAAAUGUUACUUUUCAUGUCAAUGUUUACUUGUCAUGUAAAUGUUACUUUUCAUGUCAAUGUUUACUUGUCAUAGCGAUGUUUUUGUCAAGCCAAUGUUACUGUCAUGUCAAUGUUUACUUGUCAUAUCGAUGUUUUUGUCAUGUCAGUGUUACUUGUCAUAUCGCUUUUUUUGUCAUGUCAAUGUUUACUUGUCAUGUCGAUACUUACUUGUCAUGCCAGUGUUUACUCGUGUCAAAAUGUACUUGUCAUGUCAAAGUUUCUUCAUCAAUCACACACUAUCCUUCCACUACACACCUACUAUUAUAUCACACUCAUGAUUGGAUAUGCUUGUCACAUAUUAUCCUAUUAUUGUUAUCCUAUUUGUUGUUGUUGUCAAUACCCGAGUGACUUGAUCUAAAUACCCGCUGCCUACCUAUGUGCAGCUUCUGUACUUGACGAAGGGCGCAGGUACCAAAACGUCCGACUAAUGAAAUAAAGCAAGCUGACAUCCAUA